CCAAAUGCAAGAUGGCGGCCGUCGAGUGACGUUCUAUGGUGUAUCUUGCUAGUUUCUGUCUAAAUAUAACGCUUCAACAACUUGAAAAUGGCAAUUAUCUGCGCAGUUUAUGGCUGUGGAAACAACAGCCGUCGUGAUAAGGAGAAMAGAUUCUUUAGAAUCCCAAAAAUCGUAAAAAACAGCGAUCCAAACAAGACCGACGAGAAAUUGUAAACUACACGCCGAAAACUAUGGCUUAAAAACAUCUCCCGUGCAGACUUAMGUGAAGAAAAGGCCGAACACACAAGAGUCUGCAGUGAUCACUUCAUUUCUGGACAACCAUCGAAACUCUAUGAUCAAAACAAUCCAGACUGGGCUCCAACACAACGCAUGGGACACAAUAAAAUCAAAGAACAAACAUCUAGUCAAUUAUCAAGGAGCCAAAGAUCACAAGAAAGAGAGGCUAAAAGGGUGAAGCUUGAAGCUGAGAGAGUGCUUUCUGAACUUAAAAAGUCACUGGAAAGUGCACAAGGUUUACCUUCAUCAAGUCAUGUUGAAGUGGAGGAAAAUACUUUAGACACUCAAACACCUGGAGACUUUGGUUGUCAAACUGACAUUAAAACUCCAUCUCAAGACUUUAGCUGUCAAACUGAGCUCAGUGGAUGUGAUAUCUUAGAAAUGGAACAAUGUAUACAAAACAUGACAUGUGAACUUGCUGAACAUAAACAAAAGGUCAUUGAUGCUGAUCUCUCAGAGAAAUGCUUUCAGGACAGUGAUGAGAAAACCAAGUUUUACACAGGCCUGCCUAACUUUCUGAUUUUCCACCAAAUUCUGAGCCUGUGCAKCCCCUACAUUUACUCUGGAGCAACCAACAGUUUGACUAAAUUACAAGAACUACUUCUAGUACUGAUGCGUCUGAGACUUAACCUCCCUCUACAAGACCUAGCAUAUAGGUUCGAAAUAUCAAAGGCCACAGCUUCAAGAAUUUUUGAAAAAUGGAUUAAUGUAUUGUGCGUGCGUUUGGCCUUUUUGAUUGUGUGGCCUUACAGGGACAAUCUGAUAGAAGCUAUGCCUACUUGUUUCAAGCAAAGCUAUGGAAACCGUGUUGCUGUCAUCAUAGACUGUUUUGAAGUAUUUAUGAACAGACCCUCAAGUCUCAUUGCAAGAGCAAUURCAUGGUCGAAUUAMAAGCACCACAACACCAUCAAAUUUCUUAUUGGAAUAACCCCACAAGGUGUUAUCUCAUUCAUAUCAAAGGCUUGGRGAGGUAGAGCAAGUGACAAACAUGUAACAGACAACUGUGGAAUACUAGAACAUCUAAUACCUGGUGACCUUGUGUUAGCUGAUAGAGGUUUUGAUAUUGCGGAAAGUGUUGGUCUAUACCAAGCAUCAUUGAAAAUCCCUGCUUUCACCCGAGGAAAGAAACAACUGUCGGCGAAUGAAAUAGAGGACACAAGAAAAAUAGCAAAUGUAAGGAUACAUGUAGAGAGGGUCAUUGGUCUUGUACGACGAAAGUACAUUAUACUUCAAAGCAUUUUACCAGUAGAAUUUGUAACCGCUAAACCUGGACAAAGUGAAGCACCAAUUGACAAGAUAACCAAAGUAUGCUGUGCACUCACUAAGUACAAAAUCGCAGAAAAACACUCUUCAGUGUGGUGAAAAUGCCACAUUUACGGACGGUGAAUGAUUCCAAAAUUGUUUUUCGUCUACAAAUAGU